AAAAGCGGGCGGGGUUGGAGGUGUCAGUUGGCCUAGAGUCGGGACCUGCGGUGCUUUGCUAGUCCAAUCCGUCGGCAUCCCGACGACUCGCGCGCUGAUUAUCCAUCUAGGAUUUUGUAUUCAAGACCCAGAAGUUUGCUUCCCAAGAUGAUGAAUGCUGAUAUGGAUGCAGUUGAUGCUGAAAAUCAGGUGGAACUGGAGGAGAAAACACGUCUUAUUAACCAAGUGUUGGAAUUACAACAUACACUUGAAGAUCUUUCUGCAAGAGUAGAUGCUGUGAAGGAAGAAAAUCUGAAGCUAAAGUCAGAAAAUCAAGUUCUUGGACAAUACAUCGAGAACCUCAUGUCAGCUUCUAGCGUUUUUCAAACCACAGAUACAAAAAGCAAAAGAAAGUAAGGGUGGAGGGGGGCCUUUGAGGGUCCUGCGAUUUUAUGAAGUUGCUGCUGAUCCUUUUCUUUAAUAUUGGGUAGAUUCCACAAGUCAAGAGUGUUUUUGUUUGCGGCGCUGCUGGCUCAUCCUAGACAGGAUCAAUAGCCUGACGCGGCCUUCCACGAGUCUAUGUUAUUAGUCUAUGAAAA